AUGCCGCCCGGAGCUCCACGGCGCAGCGGGUCUCAGCCUGCACCUCCUCCGCCACCUCCUCCAGCUCCUCCACCUCCUCCUACUCCUGUGCCCCCCACCCUGCCCUCCCGUUUACACCCCUCUUGGAGCUCCUCGUUUCCCCCCAGGCCGGGCGGCGGAGUGAAGGGGAUCGCAGGAGCGCAGCUGGCGCGUGAGAGGGCCGCGCCCUGCCGGCUACCGACUUCCUGCCCGUGCGCGUGCCACUCCUACCCGCGGGAGCGCGCGGAGCAGGUCAGUGGUGCGGAGAACGGAGCCGGGCAGGCGCGUUCACAGAAGCGCAAGCACACGCACACACAGUUGUUUUCGUCCUCCAGGAAUGGCGUUCUUGUGGACUGCGGUGGGAUGCGACGUUCAAGAUGGCCUUUUCAUUCUCCUCAAGGUCUGUUCUAAAGGCCCCGAAGGCAGAAGAGGUUCCCUUGUUUUGCUUGGUGCCUAGAGAGACGAUGUCAUUGAAUCCAUGCGUACAGAACUCUGCGCACCGUCAGUGACUGAUCACUCCAUUCCCUCCGCGAAGCACUCCAGUGCCCUGAGUGGUUGAGGCCGUUGCAGUUGGAGCGAGCAGGGAAAAAAUAAUACCAAAGAUGUCUAAAAGCAGAGGCUAAAAGCGGCCUGAGCUAGCCGCCUGCUAAAAAAACAAAGCACUGCCCAGGGGACGAGCACAGGGUCGGGCAGCGUGGACCGGACUUGCCACAGCCGCGUCUCUCUGCGUUAGUGCUCCUGCCAAAUGGCUGUAAUUGAGGCCUAAAGUCCAGAGCCCUGAAUAACUCAAUGCAUCAAUGGCAGCCUGUGGGAGCUGCCCCCUCGCUUUCUCUUUCUGCCUCUAUACCUUCAGCACCACCUUCACUUUUU